AUGUUCUCAAACAAAAAACCGUACUCGGCGGUGACCGUUGCGGUCGAGAAUCUCACAAGUUGGAGCCACGAGGCAGAUGAUCUUGCCGGAAUUCCAGGCCUGGUAGAGGCCAUCACGCUUCAAGCAACAGGUCCAGCAGAAGCUGCCCGCUCCAUUCGGAAGAAGCUAAAGUACGGCAAUGUACAUCAACAGAUUCGAGCUCUCACUCUUCUGGAUGGUCUGAUCUCAAAUGCAGGGGCACGUUUCCAGCGAACCUUUGCUGAUGAAAUGCUGUUGGAACGUCUCCGUGUGUGUGGAAGCUCCGAUCUUUCUGACCCUCAGGUUAAAAACAAAUGCAUGGAGCUCUUCAGACAAUGGGCAGUGGAGUACAAGAAUAUUCGUGGACUUGAGCAAAUUGCGGGUCUUUACAAGCAACUGCCUCGUCGUAAGCAGAUGGUCACUCAGGAAAAGUCGAAGGUGCUGAAAGAGACCGAAAACCCAUUCGAAGGCGAAGAUGACGAAGAGGAAACUCCUGCUCCAGCAACUCAUGCUCGUCAAACCUCACUUGGUCAAUCCAGCAAAAGUUCAAAACCAAGCUUUGCUCACAUACCGCUGAUGUCAUCUCACGCCAAUGAUAAAAAAGCGAAGAAGGACAAGAAAAAGAAAAACGCGAAGACUUUCAACCUCGAGGCGGAGAAAGGUAAAAUGAAGGAGAUUAUUGCCGACUCGUCUAUUGCAUCUACAAACUUGCUGAAUGCCUUGAGAACGGUCAACCGCGAACGAGAGCAAGUUUCAGAAAACGAGAAUGUUCAACGUGAGUUCGACGUUUGCAAGGCACUCCGGCGUCAGAUUUUGCGAUACAUCCAACUUGUUCCCGGAGACGAGUACCUUGGGUCUCUGCUGAAUGCUAACGACCAGCUUGUCGAGGCUCUCAUGACGUUUGAGCAGCUUGAUCGUUCUAUUGAUGCCGACAGCGAUUCUGAUGACGAGUUAGCCACCCAACAACACAUGUAUAAAGUGAUGUCCGAAAAGGGUAAAGAAAAUGAAGCAGCUCAGCAACUCGCAGGUCUAUCUAUUGGCAAGCGUGCACCGCCACCGCCAAGAAAACCACCAAGGCCUGUCAUUCCGCAACCCGAAGAAGAUGAAGACGAUGUUGAGGAGGAAGACGAGAAUGAUCCUUUUGCGGAUCGAAACGCUGUCAUCAGCACCCCGUCGGUACAGAAGCGUGAACCGGUUUGGCGAGAAGUUUGA